UCGGACUCUUUCCCACCGUUGAGCUCCAAAAGUCCGGGGGAUCCGCCCCCACCUUUCACCGUCCAAGUGCCGUGGCCUCGGGUGCCAUUACCCCAAGACUGGGAGCUCGGGGUGCCGGGGUGUGUGUAAUCUUUCCCCGCAAGGAACACAGACAUGACGACAGAAAUCUCACAAAUCAGCACAUGCUCCUUCAAUAUACCAUAUCAGUUUCGCAUUCUGAAAUAUCCAGCGGUCCUUGGAAAGUCCAUUCCCCCUAUUCUAAACGCGAUCAAAGUCAUUGGAGGAGCGAGCCCGUCUAUAAUGUCCAGUAGCACGGCGGCACCAGGCAUGGCGCAUCAUACCGCAACAGCCGCAUCAACACAACCUCGGCAUCCCCUGCCGCUACAGAGUGCUUGGGAACGACACCACGUCGCUACCGCCGAGACAGCAAUGGUACAACAACAGCAGCAGCACAAUUCAUCAAUCCGGCACCCCGUCUUCUUCACAGAGAAACUGCGGCGGCCGCCGUUGACCCUGGCACCUGGCAUGGGCCUCAGUCCCGUGGCGCACGGCUACGUCUACCAGGAUGGACGGAGGAGACUGGCCGCGGAAGGGAACUCUGCGCCAAAGCUGUGAUGAGAGAGAUGUUUUGGGGAAGUGGCUGCUAGUUACCUGAAGUUUGGAGGCGCAGCCUGAUGUAUGGCGAACACCAUCAUGCCACUUCAGACUUUUCAUUUUCUUGGGUCAAAUUUCAUUUAGCUUGACUUCUCGUGCCAAGUUGCAACGAUGGGCAUUACUUACGUAGGGUAAUUUAUCACCCGACUGAGCUAUUAUUGGAAAGCC